UAUGCUAACAAUUACAUAUCCCAAAAGGCUACUUCCAUUAACCAAGCUUUAGAAGCUUCUGUUUCCCUCCGUGAACCUGCUAAAAUUCAUGAGUCUAUGCGGUAUUCCCUCUUGGUCGGCAGCAAGAGGGUCCGACCAGCACUAUGCCUCGCUGCGCGUGAGCUUGUUGGUGGGAACGAUUCCAUGGCGAUGCCCGCUGCUUGCGCCGUGGAAAAGAUCCAUACCAUGUCUCUUAUACAUGAUGACCUCCCUUGCAUGGACAACGAUAAUCUCCGCCGUGGAAAGCCCACCAAUCACAUCGUGUUUGGAGAGGAUGUGGCGGUUCUUGCCGGUGACGCACUCUUAGCAUUCGCCUUUGAACACAUCGCUGUUUCUACUUUAAAUGUUUCCCCUGCUAGAAUUGUCCAGGCAGUUGGGGAAUUGGCGAGGGCUAUUGGUGCAGAAGGGCUAGUUGCUGGCAAAGUAGUUGAUAUAAGAUCUGAGGGCUUAUCUGAGGUGGGUUUAGAAAAGCUUGAAUUUAUUCAUGUUCACAAGACCGCCAAGUUACUGGAGGGGGCGGUGGUGUUAGGGGCCAUAUUGGGUGGAGGGACCGAUAAGGAAGUGGAAAAGUUGAGGAAAUAUGCGAGAGAUAUUGGGUUGUUGUUUCAGGUGGUGGAUGAUAUUCUUGAUGUGACUAAAUCAUCCCAAGAAUUGGGGAAAACUGCAGGCAAGGACUUGGUGGCAGAUAAUGUUACAUAUCCCAAACUUCUGGGGAUUAAGAAAUCAAGGGAAUUUGCAGAGAAGCUGAAUAAGGAAGCUCAGGGGCAGCUGGCUGGAUUCGAUCCUGAGAAGGCAGCUCCAUUGAUUGCUUUGGCUAAUUACAUCGCUUAUAGGCAAAACUAAUGCACUGUAUUAUCAAUUGUUUGUUUUGUAUAUUUACUUGAAAAGUUGAAACUUUUCUUUAUAUAGUUCUAUUGAAGCUUAGUUUUGUACAAAAUCUAGCAAUACAAUUCAAUAGUAAUUGGUGGACUUAUUUUACAUGUCUA